UUUGCCCAGGCUGAUUCACCCCCCAAAAAAAAAAAUCUUUGAUUUCUUUGAAAUUCUUCCUAGUUCGAUCUACUCUGAUUGACAGACAGACGCAAAUUAAAUGGCUUAUGCUGCUGUAACUUCGCUUAUGGAAACACUUUCUCUAAAUUUCUUGCAAUCACAACCCCCCUUUCCUCUUGAGCAUUUAGCGGCACAGAUCAGAGACGAUGCCAAUAGAAAUCUUGACUUGCUGCAACAAAUUUUUGAAGAUAUGGCGACAAAAGAUGUAGAGGUGGAGUUGGACGAAGCAGCGUCUUCAAAGUGUAUCCCCAGGCUUCAUGGAAUCUUCAAUAAUGGAGCAGUAAAACAGAGUGAUUACCCCAAGAAGAAGAAGAAGAAGUUAAUUAAAAGUGAAAAGCAGCAGCAGCAGCAGCUGCUUGCAGAGUGUUCAUCACAAAAUGAAAGAAUCAUUAAUCGGCUCAGGGAGGUGGGUGAAGUCAAACAAAAGAUAGUUUCUCUCCAUCAAAAUUUGGGCUUGCUGCAACAAAGUCUUGAGAAAUCGGAGAUCCCCUAUGACGAUGCGAGGGUGAUGAAAGAUUUAGAGGCGCAGAUCAGAGAUGCAUCCUUCAAAUUGGAACAAAGGAUUGAGAUGGAGUUGAGUGCCAUUUAUCUAGCAAAGGAUAGUCUGCUCUGGCUUCAUCAAAUCUUCUAUGAAGCACAAAAACAGACUGAUUACCAGAUCAGAGAUGGUAAUGAAAAUCUUGGCUUACUACAACAAAUUAUUGAGGCAAAGAUUAGAGAGAUGGAGCUGGAUGAAGAAGCGUCAUCAUCGAAGCGUCUUCAUACAAAGGCUUGUCUCCCCAGGCUUUAUGGAAAGGCGUAUCAGCAGCAGCUUGCUCGGCUCAGAGAGGUGGGUGAAGUCAAACAAAAGAUGCUCUCUCUCCAUCAAAAUCUUGGCUUGCUGCAGAAGGACAUUCUUCAGAAAUCUGAGAUUGGCAAUGAUGAUGCAGGGGCGAUGAAAGAUUUAGAGGCAGAGAUCAGAGAUGUAGCAAAGGAUAAUCGUCUUCAUAUAACAGCUUCCUUGCUCAGGCUUCAUGAAAUCUUGAUAGAAGCAGAAAAACAGACUGAUUACCACAGGAAUGAGUUGAUUAGGAUUCAAACUCAUGAAUACCAGCUUGUCAAAGGAUCAUCAUUGCAUGAUCUAGUACACAAGAAAAUUAUUGUGAGUAACUUUUCCAAAAACGCUUCAAAGUUUGACAACAAUAAAAUGGUCGGAUGCGACAAGGUGUUCGAGAAGAUAUUGGAUCAGUUGCUCACGCAACAAAAAACUAAGGGGAGACAAGUUGUUUCAGUUGUUGGCAUGGGAGGAAUAGGCAAGACAACUUUAGCACACAAAGUUUAUGAACAUCUGUCAAAUACUUCUUAUUUUGACAUGCGGGCAUGGGUUACUGUAUCCCAAGAGUAUAACAUAGAACAAAUGCUCCGAUGUCUUCUUGGUUGUGUUACUGCAGCAUCAAGAGAUGAUGACCAAGACCAAUUAGCUGAAUGCCUGCGUAAACACUUGAAGGAAAAGAGAUAUUUGAUAGUCAUGGAUGAUAUAUAGAGCACUACUGCUUGGGAUAGCGUGCAAAGAUGCUUUCCAGAUGAUAAUAACGGAAGUCGUAUACUAUUGACUUCUCGACUCAAAGAGGUGGCAGAAUAUGCUAGCUCAGGUAACUCUCCUCUUAACAUGCCUUUCUUAGAUGCCGAUGAAAGUUGGAAUCUCUACUGCAAAGUCUUUGGUAAAACUGAAUUCCUUCUAUUGUUUGAGCAAAUUGGUAGAGACAUAGUGAAGAAAUGUAAAGGAUUGCCUCUAGCUAUUACUAUAGUAGCUAGUCUUCUCUCCAAGACAAAAGAGGAUGAGGAAAAGUGGAAGAAUGUUGCAAAAAGUAUAAUGGGUGAUUCUAGUGAUGCAUGUUCCAGAAUACUAUAUUUGAGUUACAAUCAAUUACCACACCACUUAAAAGCAUGUUUUCUAUAUUUUGGAAUUUUUAAAGAAGACUAUGAGAUCUCUGUGAAGGAGUUGGUUAGGUUGUGGGCGGCAGAGGGAUUUUUGAGCACGGUGAAGCAUGUGGAUUUGGAGAAAGUGGCUAUGGAUUGCUUGCAAGAUCUUGUUGAUAGAAGUCUUGUUAUAGUUAGCAAACAUAGCUACAAUGGGGAAAUGAAGAGAAUAAAGAUCCAUGAUCUGUUGCGAGAUUUGUGCUUGAGAGAAGCUAGACUUGAAAAAUUCUUGAAUGUCGAUGGAGUUAAAAAACAUUGUCGUUGGGUAAGUCAUACACCAAGAUCUUUACAUAAUAAAGAUGAGUGCUUUCACAAACCUCAUUCCUUUCACUUAUUUCAUCUUUACUAUGUGGAACAUCUAUUUUCACACAUGAAACUACUAAGAGUGCUAGACAUGAGAAAUGGAGUGCUAGACGUGAGAAACGGUAUCUGGGAUGGAGUUAUAGACCUACAUGUUUUUGCAAAUUUUAUUCAUUUGAGAUUCUUAGCUUUGUCCAUAUAUCGGCCUUCUGAUAUAAAGUUCUUAGAGCAUUGGAAUAAUAUGCAAACUUUUAUUGUUAGUGGGAGUGAUGUUAUAUUGUAUUCCUUUGAGCCAUCUGGAAUUUGGAAAAUGCCAUUAUUAAGGAAUAUUUGUAUUGGAAGAAUUUGUUUAUUAGAAACUCCAUCGGUUGUUUAUAGAAACUUAGAGAAUAUAUCUUGGUUGGAUAUUAUGUUAUGUACAAAGGAUCUGUUUACAAUGAUUCCGAAUUUAAAAACAUUGGGAGUUGAUGGUGGAUACAAUAAUAAUAGUCUAGAUUGUUUUUAUAACUUUGUGCACUUGGAGCAGCUUGAGAAACUAAGCAUCAAAAGGUGGGCGGGUGUCAAACUUGUUAUGUGUAGCAUCCCAUUGGCAACUAGUUUACCAAAUCUUAAGAAGCUCAGCUUCUUGGAGUCUAAUCUGCAAUGGCAUGAGUUGAGCGCUAUUAGUAUGUUGCCUAAUCUGGAGGUUCUAAAAUUGAUAGAUGCUUGUAGAGGCCCAAAGUGGGAGACAUCUGAAGGAGGGUUCUAUCGAUUGAAGAGGUUGGUAAUUGAAGAAACAAAUUUGCGAUGUUGGAAUGCUGUGGGUGAGGAUUUCCCUAUGCUUGAAUGUUUAGAGAUAAGUGAGUGCUAUUGGUUGAAAGAAAUCCCAAGUGGUUUUGCCGAUAUCACCACACUAGCAUUGAUUCAGUUAAGCAAAUGUAGUGAUUCCCUUGUGGCUUCUGCAAAGUGGAUUCAAGAAGAGCAAAACAACAACUAUGGAAAUGAUGCCCUCCUUGUUCGUUUCGAAAAUAUUAAGACUUAUGGUAAGUGGUUUGAGGAGGAAGAGAUCAGUGAUGAAUGAAUAGCAGUAUGUAGGAAGGCCUGGAGAAAUUGUUGGAAGAAAUGACAAAUUUUGAAUGUGCAUAUAUAGUGGUGAGCUGAAAUGGUUUGUGCUUCUCAGAAAUCUGAUAUGGUGGAUGGUGCCAUAAUUUAGCCAAGAAUUGAAUUGAAGUUGGCUGAAUAUUGUGUUGCACCCACAUGGAGUAUUAUCUAUUUUGGUGGGCUGAAAUGGUCUCUGCUUCAAUUCUCAGAAGAAGUUUGCAGGAGUAGAGCUGACCUUCUCCAUCUCAACUCAAUUUUUUUUUUUUUUUUUUUGGAGUUUUUAAAGGCACCCAGCCUCACUCAAGUUUUUUUUUUUUUUUUUGAAUUCAUUGUUAUACGCAUAAACACAUAUAAUGUUCGUUCUCAUACAUGUUAUACAAUAUGAAUAAAAUUGUAGUUUUA